UUAAAGGAAGGAAGGCCUAAAUAGUGGGGAUUAUUGUCUCUUUCUCUCUCUCUCUCUCUCUCCCUCUCUCCCUCUCUGUCUCUAACCCUAUUUUUACGCAUCAAAAGCUCUGCGGCUCAUUUCAGUCCCUGUUGCUGUGAUGACCACAGGCAUGAGCACUGCAGGCGUUCACCGAGGCUUCCUCAGGAAAUAUGGGGGCUUCAUGUUCAAGCAGUGGAAGGAGAAGUACCUUGUGCUGACCAUGGAGGGGUCCCUGUUGGUUUGUCGGGAUGCAGAGUCCCCCCCAGACCAGGUGAUAGCUCUACAUAACAACUGUGAGACCAUCGCAGAGGGACGGGAAAUCCUCGACCUGCCCAAACUGCCUCCAGGGGGCAGGAGGGACUGCUGCUUCGCUCUCAUCCUACAGCAGAACAAGUUCCUGCUGCUUCUCACUGACAACCCAGAGGACUGCAAUCUGUGGCUGAAUUUGAUCAGGAAAGUGAGAGAGGGUGUCAUGUCACCCCUGACCCUUCAGAGACAGCGCAGCAUCACUCCCUGCAUCACCGACAGAGACCCCUUGCCUGAUUCCUCCAGUGAUAAAGAUCCCGGGUCCCCCAGGGUCAGUGAGGGCACCCCUCCUUUGUCUCGAGUCACUGAGCGAGGAGGAUCCUUCAGAGAGAGAGGCCAACACCAAGGUUCAUUAUCAGCUGGUGUAACACGGCGGUCUCUACGUGGUUCUGUGCCCCCACCUCAUCGCGUGUCAGAUUGUCUUCGCCAUGGCAACAGCAGCGAUGCCCGGGCGGUGAGGGCGGUGUGCCUGCUGAUGGGAGGAGCAGCGGCCUCCUCGGCUAUGGGCUACCUCAGCUCCUGCUCCCCCUGCUCCCCCUCCUCCCCCGUAGCUACCAGAGCCCCCGAGAUCGCCAAUGGCUCAGGGAGCUUCUCUGAGCUUUCCGCUGGAGGCUCCUACCACGCCUGCAGCCAGGACGUCGACUCUCCACACUUCAACAGCUUCGACUUUGAAGGAGACUCUGACUUUGAUGCGUUUGAUUGUGGAGGAUUUGCUUUUUAGUUUAGUUUGGGUUAGACAAAGACAUUUUAUUCUCAUAUAAAAAUCCCUGUGUUGGUCAUCCUUUUAAAGGAGAUUGUUGUAAAUUAAUCAUUGGGUUAUAUACGUCUAAUUUAUAAAUUAAUGAAUGUGUUCUUCCUGGCUUUAUGCCCAUGCUCCUCAGGUAAAUCAUUCAUGAUCCGGACUCCUCUGAACACUGUCUGUCUAUGUUGAAUCACUCUUUCCAUGCCACAGGAUGAAACAAACACAGAAUAAUGAUUCAAGACAAUAGCAUGGAUAUUUACAAGGACAUUUUAGAGUCAGAAGUUCAACAGUUGUGUUUCAUUUUAUACUUUUUUUUAAAAUGUAGCCUCUGUAAAUAUUUUUCUCCAUUUCCAUUUUUCAUUAAUUUCAUUGUUUUCCUCUCCUUCUGAGUUUCAGAAAUCACCCACUUUUCCCAUCAGCGAAAGAUGUACUCUAAAUAAAU